GCGGCAUGUUCGCCCAAAUGGAAAAAAUAAAAAAAAAAAAAGAAAGAAAAUUAAUCACCAAAUUGAAGCGAGAACAUCACUUCCACUGCCAAACGACAUUAGGGCGAGAUCACCCCCAGAUAGUUGAUCGCCGCCUUUUCGGGAAAACUCCCAUACGGAAAAAAAAAAAAUAAUAAAAUAAUGAAAUAGUGAAAUAAUGAAAUAAUGAAAUAACAAAAUAAUGCCAAGGGUUAACUAAUCUUUCCCUCGAGCCAAAUAACUGAAGCGACGGACCGAGGGGCAAGCAUCGUAAGGAGAUCUGCCCAUUUAGCGAGACCCCGUUCUGUACGCAUCGCCGAAAGGGGGCAGAAGUGGCAACUGCGUAGAAUUGUUGCCCCCCAGGUUGAACCUCCACGUUGGAUCUCCACCUCCUGCGCGCUCUCCCCCCACUCUUUAUGCAUCCCCAUUUGAUGGCUUCUUCGCCUUCCCCCCACAAGAGCCCCCUGUCAACCGCUUAAUUCCUCCGCCGCCACCAUGCGAAUAGAGAAGUGUUGGUACUGCUCGGGGAACAUCUACCCGGGCCACGGCAUAUUCUUCAUCCGAAACGACGCGAACAUAUUCCGCUUCUGCCGCAGCAAAUGCCACAAGCACUUUAAGGCCAAGCACAACCCGCGCAAAGUCAAGUGGACCAAAGUUUACAGGAAGGAAAGGAACAAGGAGCUCAGCGCGGACAAGACGUUCGAAUUUGAAAGGAUCAGAAGUGAGCCAGUGAAGUACGAUCGAGACUUGUAUAUAAAAACAAUCAACGCGAUUAAGCAAAUAGACAGAAUUAAGGAGGCCAGAAAAAUGAGAUUUUAUAAAAACAGAAUUAAAGAAAUUUCGGAGAAAAAAAUUAACCUCUCCUUAAAUUAUAUUAAGAAGAAUCCUGCUCUUCUGAAGAACACUCAAUUUGAGGGUGUGCUUGGCGAACUGAUGAAUGAGCAGCAGAGGGAGGGUGCAGACUUCUCUCUCGUUAAGGGUACCUUUGACCAGGAGGAACUCAUUAGGACGGACGCGGCGGACAUGGCCCAGAAGUUCUCCGCCGAUGUAACUUCGAUUAGGGAUACACAGGGAGUGCAACACCAGAAGGAGGACCAAAAUUUCGAGUUAGCUUAG